GACCCCCCUCAUCUUUCUGAAUAGAACUCUUAUUUAUCUCAUACCUAUCCAGACUCCACAUACGUCGUGCCAAGGCAACCACCUCACAGCCGCACUGCAUCAUCAGCGUCUACACCACGACCACUACUACACCACGACCACUAUCGUACUCUACGACCUAACCGCUCUGCAGCAAAUCUAAUCGGAUCGAACUAUUCGUCGAACCAUUCCCGUACGACUCCAAUACCCUCUCUCGGUUGCCCGGCCAUCGUUAUUCCCCUCGAUCCCCGCAUUCUCACCUUUCCCUCGUGGCGUGGGCUUGGAUACGGAGCUCCCCCCUGGACCAUAACGGAAGAUACUGGUGUGAAUUUGACGGUGGGAUGUUUCGCGCCCAGCAGAACGUCUUCGACGACGCAGUCGCCAAGGCGACCGAUGAGAACCUCACCUCUGAAAACUGGGAAUAUAUUCUUGAUGUUUGCGAUAAAGUCUCUGCGGAAGAGUCAGGGGCGAAAGAUGUCGUCGCGGCGAUGAUUAAACGGUUGGCGCAUCGGAAUGCGAAUGUACAGUUGUAUACUUUCGAGCUUGCCAAUGCGUUGGCUCAGAAUUGCGGACCGAAAAUCCACAGGGAGCUGGCGUCGAGGAGUUUCACGGAUGCACUUCUCCGUCUGGCGAACGACAGGAACACACACCAGCAGGUCAAGGCGAAGAUUCUGGAACGGAUGCAGGAGUGGACGGAGAUGUUCGCUAAUAACCCCGACUUUGGGAUUAUGGAGCAGGCGUACAUGAAGUUGAAGACGCAGAAUCCCAAUUUACAGCCGCCUUCCAAACCGGUCAAGAGCGAGAUCACCGACCUCGAUCGCCAGAAGGAAGAGGAGGAACUGCAGAUGGCUCUGGCGCUGUCUAUUCGUGAGAAACCGGCCGGUGAAUCUGCUGCUGCGCAACCGCAGGCCGAGGCCAGUACGGCAGCAGCAGCAGCAGCAGCAACAGCGACGACGGCGGGGGCGGCAACAAACGGACAAGGACAGCAGCAGGCGUCUCAGCCCGUACCGUCGGGCACUUCGGCGGCAACGGUGUCUCGCGUGCGUGCUCUGUUCGACUUCCAGCCCUCGGAACCGGGCGAGCUGCAGUUCCGCAAGGGCGAUAUCAUUGCCGUGCUCGAGUCGGUGUACAAGGACUGGUGGAAAGGUUCGUUGCGUGGGCAGACGGGCAUCUUCCCACUCAACUAUGUCGAGAAGCUGCCGGACCCGACGGUCGAGGAGCUGCAGCGCGAGGCCCAGAUGGAAGCCGAUGUCUUCGGCCAGAUCAAGAAUGUCGAGAAGUUGCUCACCCUGCUCAGCACGCGCAGCUCGGACCUCAACGCCCAGGAUAACGAGGAGAUCACCGCUCUGUACCAUUCCACCCUGGCCAUCCGUCCUAAACUGAUCGAACUGAUUGGCAAAUAUUCUCAAAAGAAGGAUGAAUUCACAAAACUCAACGAAAAGUUCAUCAAGGCAAGACGCGACUACGAGGCCCUCCUGGAAGCAUCCAUGGCACACCCGACGUUGCCUCAGCCUGCCUACGGACGACCAGCCCAGCCGGCAUAUGUUUAUCCAGGCCCAGGUCCCGCGGCGUUGGGGUAUCCGUCGGAUCCUCAACGGUACUUUAGUCCGCGACCAGAAAACCAACAACCUCCUGCCCAGUCGGUCUCGCCCGGCUACUACGAACAGUCCCACGCUCCCUAUCCUACCUCUGGCCCGUCGCCCGACCCUCGCAGUCGACCCGUACAGCAACAACCGCCUGCUGCUGACGCUUACCAACCGGUGAGCCACCGGCCCCAAUCCACCUACGACCACCCGCAAGAGCUCGGAACGUCCGUCUACGACUCCCCCGUUGACCAUCAUCGCCCCUCCUAUCCCAUCGGCGGCGGCCAGGUCUCCCCGCCCGCUCAUGUACAACAACAAGAUUAUCAGCCACCUGCCUACCCGCCAGACGAGGGUGUUCCAUCGAAUGCCCCUUACCCUCAACAACCCCAGCCCCAGCCCCAGCAGCAGCAGCAGCAGCCUCCGUACCCGACUCCCUCGGUCCCUGCUACCCACCAACCGCCUCCGGCUCACCAACCACCCCCGGUGCCUGGCGCCGCAGCACAACCGACCCCGUAUCCUUCCAUGACUCCUGGUGCGUCCGCUGGCGGCGAGUAUCAGGCAUACCAGCGUCCGGGGGCGACCAAUUCGAACCCUUCAUCGUACUACAGAUAG